GCGCCCGACUCGCGCCAUGCGUCCCACAACUUAAUUCAAUUACAUAAUCUACCCAUUCAUUCACUCCUUUUUUUAAUUACUAUAACCGUGCGCGUACCGUGUUCGUAAUAGUGAACGCCUGUGAUUGAUUCUGUGCCGUGGAUGCGGACGGCGGGAGAUGGACAUAGAAUAGGAACACAAGACAUGAAACGAAAAAGGUCGUACACAUCGGGCGCCGCUUGGUGACGUCACUAUGUCAGCAGACCUCAGGACUAUGCGUUACGUUCUAGUCUGCCUCCUCUCGCUGACCUUCAAUAGCUUCGCCUUCGUUCUAGACAAGCAGAACCCGUACUCGCAGUUCCGGAAAUGGAACGUCGGCCUAAACGGCACCCUGGAACUAGAGUUUAAGACCGACCAGCCCAACGGUCUACUCUUGUACACCGACGACGGCGGCACAUACGACUUUUUCGAGCUGAAACUCGUCAACGGGGCGCUAAGGCUGAGGUAUAAUUUGGGUGGGGGAGCUCAAAUUAUAACAGUAGGAAGCAAUUUGAACGAUGGCCACUGGCACAAAGUUCAGGUGGCACGUCGGGACGAGCACACGUCGCUCACGGUGGACGGCAUCGUGCAGCGGAAGACGUCGCGUGGCAAAGAAUACGUCUUCGGCAAGUUCAACACCAACUCCGACGUCUUCGUUGGUGGCCUGCCUUCCUCGUACAACUCCAAAUUAACUACAUUAGCGCUGCCAUCAGUAAUCUUCGAGCCAAAAUUCCGUGGUUCAGUCCGGAAUCUAGUCUACUCUGACCUACCCGGACAACCGCCGAGAAGACAGGAACUACGACAUUCUAGAGAUCUCAAGUCGACACGCACGGGCAACGCUAGCGGGGACGCGUGUGAAAGACGAGAUCCGUGCCAGCACGGCGGGGUCUGCAUCAGCACCGACGACGGACCCAUCUGCGAGUGCCGGGAUGGUGACUACGAGGGUGCCUUCUGUGAGAGAGACAAAGCGCCGUCGGAGGCGACGUUCCGCGGCGCCGAGUUCCUGUCGUACGACCUCACGCAGACCGGCGGGGAGCCCAUCGUCAGCACGCAGGACGUCAUCUCCCUAUACUUCAAGACGCGACAGCCUAAUGGACUCUUGUUCUAUACUGGUCACGAGGCGGAUUACCUGAAUUUGGCUGUGAGGGAUGGCGGUCUUUCCCUGACGAUGGGGCUUGGUAACGGCAAGCAGGAGAUGCACAUUAAGCCGUCCAAAACAAGAUUCGAUGAUCAUCAGUGGCACAAGCUGACCGUCAGGCGAAAGAUACAAGAGAUAACACCAUUCACGAGCUUCUGUCGGGUAUCAGCGGUGGUGGAUGACGUAUAUUCGGAGCACUCUCACGUCGCGGGCUCCUUCACUAUGCUGGCUAGUUCGAGAGCCCACGUCGGCGGCUCGCUCAACGCCCGAGCUCUACCCGGUGCGAGAGUCCAUACCAACUUUAUUGGUUGUCUUAAAAAAGUGGAGUUCUCAGCGGACACGCUCCGACUGAAUCUGAUAGACCUGGCGCGGACCGGCAGCAAGCUGAUCACCGUCACCGGCCGCCUGGAGUACGCCUGCACCGCCACCGACUCCGCUGACCCCGUCACCUUCACCACCAGAGAUGCGCACUUGAUAUUGCCGAAAUGGGAAGCCGUCAAGACCGGGACGAUAUCGUUUAAGUUCCGAACGAACGAACCGAACGGUCUUAUUCUCUUCAAUAUGGGCGCGAAGCCACCAAGGGUAGGUUGCACGGCGGAUCUGUUCGCGGUGGAGAUUCUGAACGGGUACAUUUACGUACAUAUGGACUUAGGUUCGGGUGGGGUAAGAGUGCGCGCGUCUAGGCGAAGAGUAGACGACUCACACUGGCACGAGUUCCUGUUGCGUCGAACAGGAAGAGACGGUCGAGUUACUGUAGAUGGCGCAAAUGCGGAGUUUAAAACGCCAGGUGAAUCCAACCAAUUGGAGCUAGACGGUCAGCUGUACGUCGGCGGGUUGGGGCAAGAGUACUCAGCCGCGCGUACUCCGCCAGCUCUCUGGACGGCGGCUCUCAGGCAGGGCUUUGUGGGCUGUAUACGAGAUCUUGUGUUGAACGGAAAACCGCAGGACUUGACGGCUUACGCACGGCAGCAAGAUUCUGCGUCAGUCCGUCCAGCGUGUCACGUGCUGAUGAAGCAGUGUGUGAGCUCGCCGUGUCAGAACGGCGCCGGGUGCUCGGAGGGCUGGAACAGGGCGCUCUGCGACUGUUCCACUACUAACUACGGCGGACCUACAUGCGGACGAGAAUCUCCAACAAUAUACUUAAACGGCAGUCAGCAUCUUACAGCGGCACUUGGGCCGGAACACGUGACUCAGACGGAGGAGCUGUUACUACGGUUCCGUACAACCAAAGCGGGGUUGCUAGUGAGAACGGCGACCGAGGGUUCCGCAGAUAGAAUAGAGUUGGCUGUAGCCGCUGGAAGGGUUAGGGCGAGUGUCAGACUGGGUGAUAGGGAGAAGCGCCUGCCAACGCUGAACGAUGAUUGUAACCUUCUAGCCGGCACGAACGUGGCGGACGACAAGUGGCACACCGUACGGUUCUCUCGCCGCGCGUCCAACUUGAAGCUGCAGGUAGACGGCGCGCAGCCCGUCCGCGGUACGUUAUCUGAAACAAUUUUAGGGAAAGCGUCUACUUUGGAAAUAACGACGAUACAUUUAGGAGGCUUAUAUCAUCCGGAAGAGGAAAUUCAGAUCACUUCGACUCUACCGAAUUUCGUGGGGUACCUCCAAAAGUUUGUUUUCAACGGCGUGAAGUAUAUCGAUCUAGCUCGGACCCUCGGUGUGGGGAGCAGCAAUGAGAACAAUCAUAUCUAUGAUACCUCCAACAUUAUAUUCAACGGGAAAUUCGUGAAGCCAGAUUCCUUGAAUGUCUACAAGUCCGUAACAUUUAAGUCCAAGCAUACGUAUGUUGGCUUGCCGUUACUGAAGGCUUAUGCUAAUACAUACUUAGAUUUCUACUUCCGAACUACGGAAAUGGACGGCUUAUUGUUCUACAACGGAGGGAAGAAGCAGGAUUUUAUUGCUGUGGAACUAGUAAAUGGGCAUAUACAUUGCGUGUUCAAUCUCGGCGAUGGAGUCGUUACAAUGAAGGAUAAGCUGAAGAAUUUUCUGAACGAUAACCGAUGGCAUACGGUGUCUAUACGACGACCGACGCCGAAGAUUCAUACGAUGCAAGUUGAUGAUGAUCUAGAAAUGCAUACUACAAGUUCCAACCUCAUGCUAGAACUCGACAGCGUGCUGUACGUGGGUGGUGUGCCCAAGGACAUGUACACGUCGUUGCCGGUCGGCGUGAUAUCGCGGCAGGGCUUCGAGGGCUGCAUGUCGAGUCUCGACUUGCCCGGCGAGUCCUCCUCGCUCAUAGAAGACGCUGUUGUACCGAGCUCGUCGUUGGUGUCUGGUUGUGAAGGUCCAACAAAAUGCACGCACAACACGUGCGCCAACAAGGGCGUGUGCGUGCAGCAGUGGAACACGUACGUGUGCGACUGCGAGCUCACCUCCUUCACCGGACCUACAUGCUAUGAUGAAUCAAUAGCGUACGAGUUCGGUCCCGGCCGCGGCAUAAUGACGUUCACGUUCGCGCCGAGCGCCGUCGCCGACACGGAGACGGACCGCGUCGCUGUCGGCUUCGUCACCACCAAGUCUGACGCCGUCAUACUGAGGAUCGAGUCCUCGAAUACACAGGAUUAUAUGCAGAUGGAGAUUAUUCGCGGCAACUUAUUCAUGGUGUACAAUGUGGGCGACGGCGACCACCCGCUCGGCGACGAGACGGCGCGCGUCGACGACGGCGCCUACCACGUCGCACGGUUCACGCGCAACGGCAGCCGCGCCGCGCUCCAGAUUGACAGCUACGCCGUCAUCAUACGACAUCCACAAGGCGGGCAACAAUCAACAGUAUUCAACAGCAUGGCUCGCAUCACUAUCGGCGGGGGCGCGGGCGGCGCGCGCUCCUUCAGCGGCGUGCUCGCCGGGCUCGCGGUGAACGGCGCGCGCCCGCUCGACCGCGCCGCCGCCGCCGACCCCGCCCUCGCGCUACGCGGCGACGUGCGACGCGCGCAUGCCCUAGAUCCUGAUCUAAAUAGGAUGCAACAGACUCCUCCAUCUGGAUACGGCGGGCCGGGUGUACUAGACGAGCUAGUGUACUCUGGCGCGGGCUCCGGCUGUCGCGACGACGACGAGGACGCGUGCGUGUUGCCGGACGCCGGAUCCGGGGAUGACCUUAUCACACCUGUUUAUGUACCGUCCACACGACGACCGCCUAAGAUGCAUAAGGGUGACACAAGCGGCAAGCUGAUGAAACCCUGCGAUGAUGAAGACUGCAUAGAAGGUUCAGGGGCUGGCGGUGAAGAUAUUAUCACAGAGCCUGAACACCCCAUGACAAGUUCCGGCGUAAGCAGCACGCACAGUAUGACGUCACCAACCGCAGCCAUAUCGACCGAGCACGAGCGUGAGCGGACGAGCCCAACGGAGGCGCGCGCCACCGCCGACACUCGCACCACGCCCCUCGACCACGACAACAUACACGCCGCUACCCGCGACACUGCCACCACGCCCGACCGGACCACGCCUACUGAGGUGUUUACAGACCGAACGCACACGAGUCCACAAUUCACGCCGAGCAUACCCAAACACACGGACUCCACACACUACACAGAGAACAACAUACCGGACUACGAGGACCAUCAUCCGGAGAAAGAGACAAGAACACCGACGUUUGAGAUGGAAGAGGAGAGGAUACCAAGCAGAGGUCAUGCCGAUUAUAAUGGCUAUGAACAUGAAAUAACCACUAAAUGGUACCAUCCGAAGACCACUGAUAAUAGGGUUGUGCCACCCGAGUCGGAGUUCUUCGCUACUAUUGUUGGUAUUGUUGCAUCAGUACUAAUAGCAAUAAUAUUAAUAGUGAUCAUCGUCUUAAAACUGGUGUUCAAAUUAGACACCUCAUACAAAGUGACGGAAGACAAGAACUACCAGCAAAGCGCUAGUGCUGCACUUUUGGGCAACCAGGCCCACUCGAGCUACCAAACGGGCGCAUCGAGCGGUCCCAGCAACGGCAACGGCGGUGCCGUCCGCGGGCUGCAGCCGUUACCGCUCGGCCGCACCGCGCCGGCCCAGCCCGUCAAACGGGACGGCAUCAAGGAGUGGUACGUCUAAACAACGGACAAUUAUUGUACGGAAAUCGUUAAAUAUUUCAGCAUCACUACUGCGUUUGUAAUGUUAUACUUAAUUUUUUAUUGUUUAUUUCGCUAGAGACGUUUGUAAUUUUCUAUUCUGUAUUUCCGUAGAAGAAAGUCCUUUUUGUUGGAUUUUGAAGUUGUUGCGAAGCUGAAGCGGUGAGAUUUUUUAUAAUGUUGUUACAAUACAGCACACACAGAGACACACAUAUAAAUAUAAAUUUAAAGUGCCACCGUUUCUAAGUUAUACAAAUCAACAAUUUUAAAACCCUCUAAUGAAAAUCCUGCAGAUAGGAUUUUAUUCUUCAUAUGACUCAAUUUAUCAAAAUAUAUUUCACUAUCACUACUGUCGGGUUUCUAAGGCACUUAAACAGUAGUUUAUCAAUUAAACAGGGUUUUUUAUUGGUUGUUGUAUGUAUGUAUGUUAGCCAAUCAAAAGCGUAAGUGAACAGAUUCCUGUCAAAAAACUAACUACUUAACUAUUUAACCUAAGUGAAUUGGUAAUUCUGUUUUUGUUUAUUUUCGAUAAACGUUUGCGUACUCUAUGUAAAAAUCAUUUAUAAAUUAUUUGCAAAAUAAA